AUGAGGAACCAAAUGAAGAAUCAGAACAUGAAAUCCAUGCCUCCUCAACUCUACAAGGCUGUUGCCACCAACAACAUUGAUUUACUCCGCCAACUUUCAACAGAUCGUGAUUUGGAGAUUUCUCUUUUCGUGCAGCGAAUACCUCGAGGAGAUACACUCCUUCAUAUUGCAGCAAGCUUAGGCUAUGAUCAGCACGUUCAAGAGAUCCUCAGUACCAGCGCUAAUACUAGUAGUAGCAAUGUGCUACUAAUAAGAGAGACGAAUAAUGACAGAGAGACAGCCUUGCAUUUGGCAUUGAAGAAUCGACACAAAGGGAUCGCCCGAAUGUUGUUCGAGAAAGAUCCAAAAGUGACACAUUAUGUGAAUAGGGAAGGAAAAUCUCCUCUGUAUAUGGCUGUUGAAGCUGGUUACAUGGAGAUUUUUAAGGCCAUGAUGGAGGAUCAAGAUGGAAAUAACCCUGAUGAUCUUAUGAAACAAAAAGUUGUCCAUGUUUGCAUUGAUGGAAAAAAUGGAGGUAUUUUGGACAUUUUAUUGCUAAAGAAGUGGAUAUCUGCCGUUACAUCGGUUGAUGAAAGAGGGAAAAAUUCUCUCUCCUAUGCGGCGCUAGUAGGUUAUACGGAAGGAGUUAGACGUAUACUAAUUGAAUUUGGAGAAUAUUCAUAUGUAGCUGAUGAAAAUGGCUUCUUUCCCAUUCACAUGGCAUCUAGUAAAGGUCAUAUAGAUAUAAUCAGAGUUUCUGCAGCAUUGUCCCGAUUCAAGAGAGCUGAACAAUAA